AUGUCAGGGAUACCGAUCCACACCGAAGAUCCCAUAAGCCCAGCAGAAGCCAGCGGCGUCACACCACAGACCGCCUACAACUCAAAUGCAAUAACCCCCUCGCAGCCGGCCAAAACUACCGCACCUUCCCCUUACGCAUACGCACCGGCUCGGCCUGGAGCAGCGGCACCGACCCCUACGCGCAGUACACCGCAAAGCUCCAGCCACGGUCCACCAGCUCCACAACCAGGAGCAGCACCCGUGCCACCCCCGCCUACAACCACCGCGCAGCCCAGCCUGCCCCCCCCGCCCAAAGCUGGCGAGAAAGCAUCAUCAUCGGAGCACUACGCGCCAGUCCGUCCUACGCCCGCUCAGCCCCAACCGUAUCCUCCCCAAAUGUCGCAGCCGACGGUGGAUCCGCCCUUCCAGGCUCUCCCGCCCGCAUCCACAACCUCUACGAGCAUGAGACCGUCCUUUGACCCAUCAGCGCCACCGGGUAGCGUGUCCUCUCCCCCGGACAUGCCCAUCCGAGCGAGCCUCGAGCAUCCGCCCGGCUACGUGCAGAACCCUUUCGCGUCGGACAUGACGCCGGAUCAGCGCUUUGCGGCGGACGAGAACCGGUCCGGCACUCUGCCAUCUUUGGGGUAUACCGACAACGCCCAGGUCCCGAGACCGGGCUCGGAGGAGGAUCGGACGGCUUGGGGGACGGCGAAGAAGUGGGCGAUGGAGAAGGGAGAGCGGGCCAGUAAGCUUGGGGAGGAGGUGUGGGAAAAGUUCGGGGCGGAAAAAUAA